UACCGAACGUCAGUGGCUCAAAACAUGUCGUGCAUCGCGUUGUCGCGUCAUGGAUCAAGCUUAAAUACGUUUCAUUUGCCUUUCUUGCGAGUGACAGUUAGUUCUUUAAAAAGUACGAAUGCUUUUUGUCAACUGACAUCAUUCAGUUGUAAUAGAGCAUUGAUAAAAUUUCAGAAAAUUAAAAACGCCAGGUGACAGAAUGCGAUGCGAUGUGAUAGUGGGAACGAAGUGUGGCGGCAGCACUGUACAUUAAACGGAGCAGCGAAGUAGAGGGAGGGAAAGUAAGAAAGAUAUACAAUUGUAGAGUGAAGGAGACAGAGUAAUGAGAGUGAGAUCAAACCAUAUUGCGAACGCCGCGGUGCGAGAAAGACCGAAAUUUCGCUCAGCAGUGCACGGCAGUUGGCGUUUGUCCGUGGAAACAGGAUAGUAGUCCAUUGGAGGAAGGAGGAGAAAGCAUCGGAGAAGGAGGGCAGACUCGCGAGGGAGAGGCGACGAGUUUGUUUAUCGCCUUGGUGAACGGCGAGAGCAGUCAGUGCGGUGCUACACUUGGUCUGUAGUGGUCGGAACGAUCGGUAGUUCGGUUCGAAAGUUCGGCCUCGUUCUUCUGACAAUUUGUUCCGAAUAGUGCGUGGGUGCCGUCGUGUUUUUCUAUCGCGCACAUGUCAACGUCUAUUUAACCUCGUCGUAGACCUCGUGCCGGAAGAACAUGCCGCGAACCACUGCCAAAACAUAGUCGUUCUGUGUAUGUAUCGUGUGCCAAAGUCGGUGACAUUUGUGUCGUAGACGCAAGAUCGCUGGAAUUUCACUAUACAACGUGGAAACCUGUAACACCGUGUGCUUACAACUUAACAGACAAGAUUCCCCUUCUCCAGCUGAUCGCAAAAAAAAUCGUGAAAUUGUUUCCGCGAGUGUCGUGUCGCGUAUCGCGAGCGAUUUCGUCACUGUAUCCCCCUCAAUCGUUUUAUUCUCUUUUCACUCCUCCUCCUUCGUGUCGUUCGGAUGCGUCGUAACGUUUACGAUGGUACACGGAAAUUAGAUGAAGAUUCGCGAUUCCCGCCGGUUUUCACGGGAAUAUUAACCUUCGAUUUCGUGUUUUCCCCGUCGUACCGUGUCUACGACGUUUGAAAAUUCGUUUCGGUCGUGAAUCUCGGGUUGAACGGGUGGAAAAAUUACGCGUAACGAUAUUUUGGAAGAUAGAAUCUCGUCCGUUUGGAAGUCGACGAGAUGAUCGUUCAAGCGGAUUCGUUGUGCGUGUUACUAGUGAUGUUGAUCGGUGCUCUGUUGGUAAAGUCGGAACCUGGGCCACGACCGCGAUCAACGCCGAUCUUCACCAAUCAGUUCGCAGUCCACGUGCCAGAUGGACCGGACGCUGCCGCGGAGAUCGCUGCCAAGUACGGAUUCGACAAUUAUGGACAGAUUGGAGCGCUGAAGGAAUACUUCCUGUUCGCUGACAAACGACUUCACAAGAGGUCCCUCUCCAGCAGCGAGUCCCAUCACAAGACGCUGAGGGAUGAGCCGAGGGUACGAUGGUUCCAACAGCAGCACGAGAAGAAACGCAAAAAGAGGGAUUUCAUGCCCUCGUCGUUCUCGUUCGAUUAUCCGACGUUUUUCGACGAGUUCGGCCCACGUCCCAGGCAGACCACGUACCAUCGGCAAAGGAACAGAGGUGUGCCUCUUCAAAACCUGUUCACGGAUCCUCUCUUUAAGGAACAGUGGUACCUGAACGGUGGAGCCAAAGAUGGCUACGACAUGAAUCUUGGGCCGGCGUGGCAGAAAGGUUACACUGGUAAAAGUGUCGUCGUUUCGAUCCUCGACGAUGGAAUACAAACGAAUCAUCCGGAUUUGGCGUUGAAUUACGAUCACCAAGCCAGCACAGACAUCAACGACAAUGACAAUGACCCGAUGCCAAGAGACAAUGGCGACAACAAGCACGGAACUCGCUGCGCCGGUGAGGUCGCUGCCGUCGCUUUCAACCAGUAUUGCGGCGUUGGAGUCGCGUAUAAUGCCAGCAUAGGAGGCGUUCGAAUGCUCGAUGGUCCGGUUAACGACGCCGUCGAAGCCAGGGCGUUGGGAUUGAAUCCUGAUCACAUCGACAUAUACAGCGCUUCUUGGGGCCCGGAGGACGAUGGCAAGACGGUGGAUGGUCCCGGUCCUCUUGCCAGGAGGGCGUUUAUCUACGGUGUAACUAGCGGGCGCAAAGGCAAGGGCUCCAUCUUCGUAUGGGCGUCCGGGAACGGUGGCCGCCACACGGAUUCUUGCAACUGCGACGGUUACACGAACAGCAUCUUCACCCUGUCCAUAUCGAGCGCCACCCAAGGCGGCUACAAGCCCUGGUACCUGGAGGAAUGCAGCUCGACGCUCGCCUCGACAUACUCGUCCGGCACGCCCGGCAACGACAAAAGCGUGGCCACCGUGGACAUGGACGCGAAACUGAGGCCGGACCAUAUUUGCACGGUCGAGCACACGGGGACGUCCGCCUCGGCGCCCCUCGCGGCCGGUAUCGCGGCCCUGGCCCUCGAGGCCAACCCAAGCCUCACGUGGAGGGACAUGCAGUACCUGGUGGUGCUCACCUCGAGGUCGACCCCCCUCGAGAAAGAGUCGGGCUGGAUCUUGAACGGGGUUAAGCGGAAGGUCUCCCACAAAUUCGGUUACGGGCUCAUGGACGCAGGCGCUAUGGUGAACCUGGCCGAGCAGUGGACCAACGUGCCUCCCCAACAUAUCUGCAAGUCCGAUGAGAUCAACGAGGAGAGGCGCAUCGACCCGACCUACGGCUACACGCUGAGCGUUUACAUGGACGUCACUGGUUGCGCUGGAUCCGUGAACGAGGUCCGGUUUCUCGAGCAUGUGCAGUGCAAGGUAUCCUUAAGGUUCUUCCCACGUGGAAAUUUAAGGCUAUUGCUCACCUCUCCAAUGGGCACCACAUCGACCUUGUUGUUCGAGAGGCCACGGGACGUUCUCAGUUCGAGUUUCGAUGACUGGCCCUUCCUCAGCGUGCACUUCUGGGGCGAAAAGGCGGAUGGCCGGUGGACCCUGCAGGUCAAUAACGCUGGAAAUCGCCACGUGAAUUCUCCAGGGAUCCUAAAGAAGUGGCAGUUGAUCUUCUACGGAACAGCUACCAACCCGAUCAGGAUUAGAACGCGUCAAUUUAACCCGGUACAUUCUUCGUACGCCUCCGUGCAUUAUCCAUACCCUGUAGACGAUGAUCAGCUAGCGUUGGGUCAUCGCGGCGACGUCGACUUCUUUCCUUCGUCUACCUUUCAGGGCUACCAAGGAUACCCGUACGUAGGGGCAGCGUCCAACGUCCAGGCGUCCGUUGCCACGUUGGACGGAUCCUCGGCGCCGAUCCUCACCAAUCGCCUACCAGGGGACACGUCCUCCUCCUUCGACUCGCCCUCCUCCUCCUCCCAGGUCGGCGACGACUCGCUCGACACCACCAGAAAGAUACUUCACGACUGUGACCCCCAGUGCGACCCUCAGGGUUGUUACGGGAAAGGGCCCACCCAGUGCAUCGCCUGCAAGAACUAUCGAUUGGACAACACUUGCGUGAGUCAAUGUCCACCGAGGAGCUUCCCAAAUCAGGGUGGGGUCUGUUGGCCUUGCCACGAAUCCUGUGAGAUAUGUGCCGGUGCUGGCCAGGAUUCUUGUCUCUCCUGCGCACCUGCCCACUUAAGGGUUACCGAUCUCGCGGUGUGCCUGCAGCAAUGCCCGGAAGGAUAUUACGAGAACACGGAGAACAGUACGUGCGUACCGUGCGAGGCGAACUGCGCAAGUUGUCAGGACAGGCCGGACAAAUGCACCAGUUGCGAGCAUCAUCUGGUCAUGUAUGAAAACAAGUGUUACGCGGCCUGCCCCCUCUACACAUACGAGACACAAGAUUACAAUUGCGCUCCUUGUCAUUCCACGUGCGAGACUUGCAACGGAACCGCCGAGAACCAAUGCAUCUCCUGUCGACCCGGAUUGUUUUCUCUCAACGGCGCCUGUCGAGCGUCUUGUCCAAUCGGAUACGGCGCGGACAAGAAGCGGCGCGAAUGCGUGCCCUGCCCACCCGGAUGCGCUACCUGCGACAUGUCGACGUGCAGGAGUUGCGACGACGGAUGGAGUUUGAACGAGGAAGGUCUCUGCGCGCCCGAGCACCGCGAUCGUUGCAAAACGACCGAGUUCUACGAGAACGGGCAUUGCAAACAGUGUCACGCAUCGUGUAAAACGUGCGCCGGCCCCGGAGAGAACAAUUGCAUCUCCUGUCAAAAACCGUUACUCCUCCAAGCGAAACGGUGCGUGUACCAGUGCGACGACGGUUAUUACUCGAUGGCGCAACCAUCUGGACCCGUUUGCGUGCCUUGCUUGCACACGUGCAAAACCUGUGUGUCUCGAUUAAACUGUACCGCGUGUCAAGACGGAUUGCAAUUGCAGAGCGGAGAGUGCAGGUCCUCUUGUGCCCAGGGGUAUUACAGCGAUCGAGGUCAGUGCGCGAAAUGCUAUCUGGCGUGCAAAACGUGUUCCGGGCCCAGAAGGGAUCAAUGCGUGACCUGUCCCGGUGGUUGGCAACUAGCGGCGGGCGAGUGUCACCCGGAGUGUCCCGAAGGAUUCUUCAAGUCCAACUUCGGUUGCCAGAAGUGUCACCAUUACUGUCGCACGUGCAAAGGCGAGGGGCCGAAGGAGUGCACCUCCUGCCCACCCCACUCGAUGCUCGAGGACGGCCUGUGCAAAGAAUGCCUCGGGGCACAGUAUUACGAUUCUCUGACGCGGCUCUGCAAGAAUUGCCACCCGGAUUGUCGAAGGUGCACCGGCUCUGGGAAAUUCAGCUGCGCGGCUUGCUCGCCCCCCUUGCACCUCGACAAACUGAACAAUCAGUGCGUGCCCUGUUGCACGGGCAACGAGAAGGGUGGCCAGGCCGAGGAGUGUUGCCUCUGCGACCCGGAGACCGGUGGCUGCAGGAACAGCUCGCCGGCUGGGAAGAGAAGGGUGCCGGGGACGGAGUUCGCCUCGGCUGACACGGCCAUUUCCGAAGUGUACACGAGCUACGAGGGGACAACGACCGAUAAAAACGACUCGGUUUCGCUGGCGAUAACGGCCACCACCACCAUCGCCGUCGCCAUUUGUCUCAUAUCCGUCGCCUUGUUCGCCACUAUAUUCAUCGUGCUUCAGGCAAUAUCGGGAAGAAGGGAAAGGAAGAACAAGGGUUACACGCAGUUGUCCGUGAGGGUGGAACCUCCGGACGAUGUUUACGCGGACGACACGCCAGAGCUGAUGACCUAGACACUUGGCAAAGUUUAGUUUAACCACCGGACCUGCCCAUCGAAGUGUUCGACGACCACGAGACACGGUCUCGAAACCACAGAUUAGAGGACCCGAUCGCGUGUUUCGCGUGCCGGUUCUUAUUGGAGACGUGUGACGAUCGAGAUCGGGGACAGCUAAUAACCGCGCUUCAAGUCCGUUCAAAGUGGUCCGGGACGAUGAACAAAGAGCAAGUAACGAAGAAAGAAAAAAAAAAAAGAAAUAAAAGAAAAAAAAAACAAAAAAACAAAAAAUACGAAACCGAAAAAGAAAAAAAAAAUAAUAAAGAGAGAGUGAAAAAAUUGUAAAACGGAUAAAAAACAAAAUAAAACGUCGUAAUAUGUAUCGAAGGGGGAGGAGGAAUUAGAAGAAGAAACGAGUGAUAUAUAUAUAUAUAUAUAUAAAAAUGAGAAGAGGAAAAAAAGAAACGUGAAAAAAUUCUGGGCGGGUUAAAAACGAAGUUAAAAACUGACUGGUUUAAAGGAGAGAGAAAAAAAGAAAAAAAAAAAAAGGGAAGAAUGAAAAUGAUGAAAAACGGAAGAAGAGAAAUUCGUUCGAAACGUGAUAGUAAAAGACAUAUUUCGUUAUUUUUUUUUUUUUUUUGGCGCACUUGUUACGAAGAAAGUGUGUGAUCGUUGUCCGUUGUAAAAAAAAAAAAAUUCGAACAGUGAAGUCCGCGUGCGUUUUCCAAUCGUGUGAAUGGCCGAUGAACGAGAUAAGCAUCCUUUUUUAACGGUCAGGCGCGUCUGUCGCUGGAUAAUUAAUGCCGAGUGUACCCAAGUGUAUACGAGAGAGAGAGAGAGAGAGAGAAAGAGUGAGAAUGAAAGAGAGAGAGAGAGAGAGAAAAAAGCGUAUCAAACUUUUGAAACCGAUCUAUCGUUCGUGAAACCAGAGGGCGACACGAAAAGGGCGGCGGACAUUAUAAAGUGCCUAAUUUACAACGCCCUUGGAAGCACCGUUUCGUCUGCCCUUUUUUAGUGCCUCCUAUCCUGACCGGAUACACGUUAUUACGCGAUGUACAGCCGAGAAGGGAAAACGCUUGUGAAUUGAAAAGUAUCGUACUUAAAGAGUGUAGAUCAAAGAUCGAUGUGGGGAAGCGUAUAUAUAUAUAUAUUGUGUGCGAACGAUCCGUUGAUAUAAUAAUAUAUUUCAUUAUUUAAUAUUUCUUUUUUUUUUUUUUUUUUUUUUUUUUUUUUUUUUUUUUUACGAAACUCACACUCCUAUGUCUUUAUCUUGCUCGUCUUUUAUAUAUAUAUAUAUAUAUAUAUAUGUAUGUAUGUAUCUCCGAUACACUUUUGAAUGGUGAGAGUAGCAGUCGUAUCGGUUUGAAUUGAAUGCAUACACGGACCGGUAAUCCGAACUAAUUACUUGUAAACCGUUUCUUCGAAGUAAUAUGAUAUUGUUGGCAAUAAUUGUGUAAAAUUCCAAGGAUAGCUGGUUGAUCAAAAGGGGGAAGGCGAAAGAGAGAAAGAGAGAGAGAGAGAAAGAGAGAGAGAGAGAGUGAGUGAGAAAAAGAAGAAAAAGAAGUUAACGUAUAAACGUUCAAACGAACAAAACUGUUGUAAACGAAAGAAGGAAAAAUAGGAAGAUUUAUAUACUUUGUAAAAAGAGGAAAAAUAGGUUCGCAUAGCUUCGUUCCCAUGCAACGAAUAGACUUCAACACACGUGGAGGAAGCUUCGUGUGAACCGUUCAGAUUUAUCCACGAUCCAUCAUCAUGUGUAUCAGUCAUUCCAUCGUGAACGAGACAACUAAUUUGCGUUUUUUUUUUUUUUGUAACUGUUGUUAUUGCUGCAUUGUCUAUGUAUUUUAUUUGUUUAUAUAUAUAUAUAUAUAUAGUAUUCUGCUAUACAUUUUUCGCGUUGCUCCAGCUUCGUUCGUUUUAUUUGUUAUUAUAGAGAGAGAGAGAGAGAGAGAAAAGAAGGGAAAGAGAAUGAGAGAGUGAGAAAAAAGAGAGACCAUACGUUGAUGUAUGUAACACGAGAAGCUUUUUUGAAUAAGAAAAAAAAAUAUAUAAGUGUGUGCGUGUGUGUAUGUGUGUGUGAGAGAGAGAGAGAGAGAAAAGAGAGGGAGAAACAAAAUAUGCAAAGAAUAUACGAAAAAAAAGUUCUCGGUAAAUCGGUACCUUUUUAAGAGCUACUUGUCCGCGCCUACCGUGUGAAUAUUGAACUUCUCCUCGUGAUUUGAUAUAAAGCUAUUAUUGUACUUUUAUGAUGAACGCGAUUAUAAAUAUAUACAUAUAUACAUAUA